CUGCGUGCCUCAGGUACAGCUUGAGUACGUAUUCGUACAAACCAAACCUGGAAUUUUUUUUUGAGAGUAUUCACGUAUAGGUACUUUGCCUACCUCCUACCUUACCUGCCUGUCCUUCCCCUCCUCGAAUUGAGGCAAAACAAUGGAAACUCAUGCGCCGGUAGAGGCUUCUUCUUUUGGGAAUGAAAAAGGAAAGGGCAAGCAGCUCUAGGUGGCCGAAGGUCACGGGCGAAUCUGUUAGUUUCAACCAUCCAUGGCAAGAACGGUAGGUACUGUUGACAAAAGUACCUACCUACCUCUUCUUUGGCGAUCCAAUGUCUUGCUCGUCAACUUGAUUGUGGCACAGGGCUGCGGCGCGUCUGUCGAACAAGUCUCGAAGCUCAAAAAGAACGGAGCCAAGAUGCAGGUUGCGUCGCAGAUGGUCACCAAGAGACUUGACGGGUUGUAGAAUGUGGAAAGACCGGGGCAUUUACGAUCCAAUGCGCGCUGUGGAGGCGGCAGGAUCACCAAGAAUCAUGAGUCGGGCGAUUGAGAUGGUGCAAAGCUUUGUUCCGAGAGCGGGCAGUGAGACCAGGGGUUCACGAGAAGACCUCGGGAUUGAGGUUCCAAGGUGUGCCAUUGCGAGGCCCCAAGGGGACGCACUUGGUGAUGGAUCUAAUCUGACGAUGUGGAAAGAAUCCGUUGCAGUACACUUGAUUUUGAGGGAGACAGCCACCCACAGCAUGGUAGUAGCUAUUAUGCUAGAGGACUAUCGAUCUGCCUCAUUCGGGUGUAAUGCAGUGCACUACUUUACUUUUGCACGGGUAGGCGAAGAGGAAAAGCGAGAGUCUGUUCCGGUGUAUCACGAAGAAUGCGGGCCGGACACCGGAGUUGAGGCGGAGAAUAGGCAGCCCAGAGUAGCCAGAUUUGCAGGCGACAAACGUGGGCAAUGGGUAUAUGGGGAAACACUGGAGGUUUCUCGCAAGAGCCCCCCGGAUCCAUUGGCGAGCGUUGAGGUGAUUCAUGGUUUCGCAGCGGAUUGGAAGUGUAUUAAAUUUGUGGCUCGAUGUGCGAACGAGACGCACUGA